UACGCGAAUAAUCCAUCGGCCAUAAAAUGUCUAAUGCUGCGAAUAAUCACGGGAAUUAUACCCCACUCCCCACCAACUCUUAAUGUACAUACCAAUAAUUCAUACAUUUAAUCCACUUUCAUUUGCAGUUGUUGCUUGUUUGCCGACACACAGUGUCGCAGCGUCUUGCCGUGUACUCACCGUCCACCCACCAGCUUCUCAAUCUCUCCCCUUUGCCUUGUUCAGUGAUACCCCAUUGUGGCGUUAUGGAAUACAAAUUGAUUACCGAGGAACGCUAUGACGAUGUCAUUCGACAUUUAUGUGAUAAUUUUUUUGCCGAUGAGCCACUGAAUAAGGCAGCUGGGCUGUGUCGUCGUGGUGAGGGUCAUCGCGAAUUGGAACAUCUUUGCUACGAGACACUUAAGGAUAAUUUGAGUUUAAUGGCUGUGAAUGAGAAUAACGACAUUGCCGGCGUUCUCCUCAAUGGCGUCGUUUAUCCGAAUGGUAUCGUACAUGCCCAGGAGCGCAUUGAGCUCAGUGAUGACGAGCGAUUCAAGAAAAUAUUCCGACUAUUAAAUGAGCAUAAUUUGCGUGCUAACAUUCUCGGGCAUUUCAAUGUAGAACGUGCUUUCGAGGUCCGUAUGCUUUCAGUUGAUGGUCGCUUUCGGGGACAGGGUAUUGCCAAAGAGCUGGUGCGGCGUAGCGAACAAAUAGCGAGAGAUUUUGAAUUUAAGCUCAUGAAAGCCGACGCAACGGGGAUUUUCUCUCAAAAAAUUCUGAAAUCCAACGGCUUCAAAGUACUCAGCGAGCUUUACUAUGACAAAUACACAGAUGAAUUUGGCAAGCCAUUGCUGCUGGUGGAAGCGCCGCACAUUAAGUUACAGUUACUGUACAAAUUAUUGGAGUAAGAAAAGUAUUAAUUCGCGUCGGCGGAAAUAUUAUAUAUCUACAAGUUUAUAGCACACAAAAAAUUUAAUUGAAGAUAAUAAAUAAUGAAAGAAUAGUAAAAGUAAAAAAAAAAUAAAAAAUAAAAAGAUUACGAUCCGACAAAAACAAAAAACAAUAUAAAUGUUUUUCUAGUGUGCCAAUUGAACUAUUUUAGCGAAACACAAAAAAAAAUCAAAUUACAUCUGCAUAAAUAUAAAUGAAAUACCUAUAUCCACAAAUUUUGCAAACAUAAACAACCAAACAUAAUGAAUUUCCUGCUUCCAAUUUAUUGGAUAUUUUUACAAACAAAGAAUUAUUUGAAUAAUUUUCUGGUAUUCCGAACUUCGAACCUAUUGAAUGCACCCCAAAGUUAGUAUUUUGUGAUUUUUUUGUUGUAAUUUAUUUGUAUGCAAGACAAACAUUUGUGUAGCCGUUUACCCCAUAUGCAUAGAUAUAUAAAUUCCUUAUUAAUGUCUUUAGCGCAAAAAAGCAAAGUGCGCCCGCUUUUAUUACUUAUUUAUAUAUGCAUACAUAUACAUAUAUGCGAGAAAAUAAAAUAUUUUUUACAUUUAUAAUGCAAUAAGUCCGCUAGCAUUGGCCGAAUGUUACCAUAAAUAUUUCUUAACCGCGACAAUAAAGAAUUUUGUAUGCGCCUAAUUUACACGUUUCUAGUUGAAAGUUAUCGCAAUGAUAAAAAAUAACUACAGCAAAAUAUAUGUAGUAAUAUAAGUGCAUGAGUUUUCGUACAAAUGCGUAGGUACAAUUAUGUGCAGCGUGCAGGCUGCAUAAAUAAUUAAUGUAUACUAAAAUAAUAAUAUACGAGUACAUAAAAAAUAUUAACUACAGAUAGAAAGUACUUAAAGUAACUGGCAAUAGUUAAAUAUAUACAUUUUCUGGAAACUUCGACGCCAUAUAUACAUACAUACAUACAUUUGUAAGAAAGAUA